UGAACAGUAGGUGGCAGCACCGCCCCUCUGAUGUCUGCUCACUGUCAGAAAAACCAUAGAAGGAAUUAGAGGAGAAAAAGAAACAGUUGGCUUUCUGUUCACAAACAAGGUUACACAUUCAUCUUAAAGGUGGCCAAUUUCAUAAUGUUAGCUGUGAGGAACCCCAGUUUCCUUUUGAUAUGAGCAAAUGGAGGAAACUCUGCAGCAGAUCAUGGAGUUAGAAAACUUUUGUCCCCUUUCAAUCUGACAACUGUAAGGGACAUGGAGAAGGAAGAGAUGGAUGAUGAGGAGGUUUGUGAUGGUGGCUUUGUCUCGGAGGCCAGUUUUAGUCAGCACCAGGCUGGAGAGAAUGAUGAGUGCACACAGGAGGACAAUAUGGCCCAUCUCAACUCUCAGGAAACUCCAGUUAUUGACCCUGGAACGGGUGAUAGAGAGUCAUGUGAAUCCAUGGAGGCUAAAGAGGACACAGAAGAGGUUUCAGAGGGGUUUGAACAAGACUUGGAUCAUGAGAACCCACAGCUUAUAAAUCAAGAAGAAGAUGAAGCUGCCAAGGAGCAACAGAUGAACGGAGAGUCCGGCUGGAGGGCGCUGGGAGGCGGACGGAGGUGCAAGUUGAGGAGCGGCGGCUCUCUGUUCGAGCAGAGCUUUCAGAAAGGCACCAUCCCGUCCAGCGGAAGUCGGCACAAGCAGACUCGCAGACGGAACCAUCACCACCAUCAGCAGAGCCGCGGUCGCAGGCGGACGGGAAAGCAACUUUUCUUUGCUUUCAGAGAGAUGCUGUCAGAGUCCCUGAGCGUCUGGUGCAUUUCCUGUGUCCACAUGCUGAUUGAGAUUAUUGUGACAUUAACUCACAACUGUGGAGUGGGAGUGGAAAUGGGGGUCUUGAAACUUUACAACUGCGGGAAAAAGAUUCUUGUUAAGAUCACCGAUCUGCCUGGAAUGAAAGCAGACUUUAGCCGGGUUUUGAAGCAGAUGAAAUGCGCUGGAGCAGACCUUUUGGACAAAACUGUGAGGACUCUUAAGUGGAUAACGUCAUCCGUCUCCUCUUGCUUCAGACUUUUCUGCGCUUUAGUUAUUUUCAGCUUCCAGCGGGUGAAGGGGUUGCUGCUACGUGUCGGUGGUGAGCGGGGUAAACGCUAUUGGAUGGCUUUUCUGGAGUCGCGGGUCUGGAAGAGGCUGGCGUCUGUGCUGGAGAGAGUCCGGAGCUGGUUCAGGAAGUAUCGCAACACACCGUCAUCGCCAUCGUCGCCCGGCAGAGCCGGAAGAGGGGAGCCAAUUCAGGAACUGGAGCGACUGCUGGCGCUGGCCGAGGUACCAGAGGGGGAGCUUGACCCCUUCACGGUGCUGGGUGUGGAGGUGCAUGCCACAGAGACCGAGCUGAAGAAGGCCUACAGACAGCUGGCUGUCCAGGUCCAUCCAGACAAGAACAAACAUCCACGAGCCGGAGAGGCAUUCAAGGUUCUGAGGGCAGCCUGGGAUAUCGUCAGCAACCCUGAGACACGACGAGAGUAUGAGCUGAAGCGCAUGGCAGCAACCGAGCUCUCAAAGUCCAUGAACGAGUUUCUCACUAAACUGCAGGAUGACCUGAAGGAAGCCAUGAACACCAUGAUGUGCACAAAGUGUGAAGGCAAGCACAAGCGGUUCGAGAUGGAUCGAGAUCCCGCUGAAGCUCGCUUCUGUGCUGAAUGCAACCGUUGCCAUAGCGCCGAGGAGGGAGACCUGUGGGCCGAGUCCAGCAUGUUGGGCUUACGCAUCACAUACUUUGCUUGUAUGGAAGGAAAAGUGUAUGAUAUUACAGAGUGGGCAGGUUGCCAAAGAAUAAGCAUUUCCCCCGAUACCCACCGCGUCCCGUACCACAUCUCGUUUGGGUCAAAGAACAACAGCAGCACCACACGACACAGGAGCCCCUCGGAGCACGCCACCGGUCCUUCAAACCCGGCUGACUUGCAGGACUUCUUCAACAGAAUGUUCAAGGGUGGACCGCCGAAUGACAUGGCUGCCAACGGCGGAGGCUUCUUUCCCUCAGGUCCGCCCCAUCACCACCCGCCCGGUGCUGGAGGUGCCCCUUUCCCCCCUCCCCCGGGUCAGACAGGUUUCUUCAUGCCGGGGGGCCUUCGGCCAGAUUCCAGCGAGACGUGGCCCGACGGCGGCAAACCGCCCCGGAGGAGAAAGAAGGUUCGAAAACCCUUCCAGAGAUGAAGUCUGUUUACUCGAUAGUGUGUCAAAACCGGGACACGAUAAGAAAAUGGCCAUGUUUGUCUCUCGCCUGCCUGUGGGCACGCCAAGAUCUGGAGAGUGGUCGAGUGUAAAGCUGCAGUCAAAUCCGCCAAGCAGAGAGGGACUGGAUCACGAAGAGGAACCGGUUGGGUGCAUCUCAGUGUUGAAGGCCGAGGAAGUGGCAGUGUCGGUGCUUUAUCUGUCACCUCAUCCUGUUGUGUUGCUGGUCUCACUCAUGACUGUAGCCUUGACAACCGAGAUCCCUCUGAUGCCGUAAUGAAGCAUUUUCUGUUUUUUCUUUUUGAGAAUUUCCUGCCAAAUCCAUUACUGCAUGAUUUAUUCACCUUUUUUUAUCGCUUCAGUUUUCUAACUUCUCUUUUGUAUCAGGUUAAUUUUCCACUUUGGGCUCCGUGCCGAGAGAGAGAGAGAGAGAGAAACGGUAGAGGUGAGGGCGACGCUCAUUAAGAUUUAUAGCUGAGAAAUGAAGGAGAGGGCUUGUGCAGCUUAGCGUGUCAGUGUUACUGUUGCUGUUAUCGCCGCGUGUUUGUUGUUUUCUGCUUCUGGAGCAAAGCCUUGUCCAGCCCAAACAGACGGGACGAAUCUGAACCACGCUAACAGGACACAAUACACAACACGUCCGUUUCUUUGUUCUUGACCUUAUGUGGCUCAGGUUGUCGUUACAGUGUCCUGCAGAAGUAUUUACACCUCUUCAGCAUUUCUGAAUUUCAUUUGAUCUCUAUCAUAAACUACUAGGUGUUCAACUAGGAUUUCAUGUGAUGAACCAACACAAAUCAUUCUUUUAAUAAGUAAAAAACUAAAGAGUGUGGCAUGCAAUUUCAAGACUUUCCACAUGAUUUCAAUUGGAUCUAAGGUGGGACUUUGACUAGGCCAAUCUAUCACAUAAACAUGCUUCGUUCUGAGCCAACCCGCUGUUCUUGUCUCUGGAUGUUUACGGCCAUUUUCCUGGUGGUGGAUAGUUUUUCUUGCAGAAACAUCUAUCAGAAAACUAGCCAACGGCUCUGCUCCAGCCAAAGAAGAGCCUCCCCAUAGCAUGAUGCUGCCACUACCAUGUAAUACAAUAGGAAUAGUAUGUUCAAGGCUUUACGUUUCGCCACAAGUAGUGUUUCGGAUGUAGGUUUAAAAGUCGUGACAAAUGUCAAAAGGGACUUCUGUGAUCUUCUCAUUGCCAGAUUUAUGCAGUGGGGCUCUUGGCUGCUUUUCAGGUUAAUGGUUUCCAGUUGUUGGUCUCCACUGGUGCAUUGUGAGAAGCCCAAACCUUGGAACAUUGUUUUAGAACCUUUUACAGUCAGCGUAACCGGGACUGAAGGCACUAUUUGAUAUGUAUUUGUAAGGAAACAAAUAAAUUAACACUAUUUUGUAUUCCAGGAACUCUGUAGGAAAAAAAAAAAAGUGAUUGUAAUGUGACAAAAUGUCAAGGGAUGCGAAUCCUUCUGCAAGGCUCUGUAUGACAGUCUAAUGAUUUUUGUUUUAUUGCUCCAGAUCUCCCAAAAGGAAUAGAAAAUCUUCAAUAUUUGGUUUUAGUCCUUAUAUUUUUGAUUAGAAACAAGUUUUGAAGCCUCUUAUGUGUUUUGCAUCAACGGGUUACACACCUGCCACUAUGAUUACAUGGUCAUUAUGAAUAUUUCUAAUGAAUAAUUGAGGGUAUUUUUGUCUAAAUCCUGAUGAUAAAAUGUCUUCAGAUGAAAAUAUUUAGUGUAGCUUCAGAAGGUUUAAGCAGAGGAACUAUUCUGAUGCCUUUUGUUCUGACUGCGAGGUUGAAGACAAAUACAACAAUAGGACGCGUUUGCUGCUACGUUGUUGAUUUGCUCUACUUUUCUUACGUAGCUGCUGAGAUCAUUUCUGUUCCAGUUAUCCAAAGUUUCUCUGGAUUUUCCUCCUAAGCUGAAGUUGUUGCAUGUUUUUGGCAUGUUUUACUCCAUGAUUACUGCGUUGAUGUCCCAGUUCACGUCAUGUUCUGCACCUAAAUAGUUAUUGUGGUUCAGAUUUCCACAUUACAGGUUCACAGGAAGUCUACCCAGUGAUUACUGGUCAUAUUAACAUUAAAAAAAGACAGUUAAGUUCACAUGGGCCUUGCCUAGAAAUGAAUGAAUAAUUAAUGAAACCUUUUUUGUUUUGCCUGUAGCCUUGUAAAAGCAACUUGCUGCAUUGUUUACAUCUGACUUGAAGAUUGUGGGCAGUUAUUGAAAAAGGCAACUGUGUGUGUGGGUGUGUGUGUGUGUGUGAGAGAGAGAGAGAGAGACUGAGGCACUUGAUAAAGGUUAUAUUUUAUAUUCAUAGGAAGUUUUCUAUUGUGUUCAUUUUCUCCUUUCUUGGACUUUUGUUUUUGCACACCCGGCGCUGUAAUGAAAGGCAGACCUGAUUUUGAUUCAGUGGUUUUGAAGCUAAACCUCCAGCUGCAGGUGAGUGGGAGGUCUUACUCACAGAGCUCGACAGCAGCUCACUUGCAGAGGUUACGUUUGCACAGCCACCGCGCUCUGGAGAAGAUUAGUUUUGUUACUGUAACACAGAGUGAACGCCUAAAAGGAGCUGUUGUUGCGGAGGCCUGUUUUCUGCAGGAAAUCUUAGCUUCUCUGCAUCUGCUAAAAAAAAAUAAAAUAAAAACGAUUUUUCCUCACAGAAAGGAAAUGUGUGGAAUCUGAGGCUCCCUUUAUGUAAAGCUAUCUCUCCAAUGAAGGCAAAAAUGUUCUAACUAGGAGUGAAUUUCAGAAAUUGAUCAGUUAAAGUAACGUGUGACAUUUCUACAGCAGUUCUUUAGUUCCCACUGAACAGCACAGCCUCCUCCAUGAUGAUAAUUGUCUAGCUUUGUUUUCAACUCUUUGUGAUCUGAGAAUAUGAAGUGCUGCACGUUUAAAGGUAGCAGGUCCGAGUCGUAAGAGGUCUGUGAACGAGUCGACGCGUCAGUGUUCCGUUUCCUUUUUAUGUUUUUAAACAGAUUAUGCAGAAAUAUUGCAAAAAUAUUUGACAAUCAGGGGUUUUUUUUGUAUGAAGUUCGGAGGCGGGUUCCCAGUUGGUGAACGGUUUUAAAGUAAUAAUCUUGGGUUUCUUUCCCCUACUUUCUCUGGUUUUCAAAAUAAAGAUGAUUUCCAAGAUGUAA